GCAGAGGCCACUGGCUCAAAGUCUUGUAACAGGUCUAAGAGUCAGGAGACGAGUCUGAAGCCCGGGCGGUGCGAGCUAUCUGCCAAAACCCAACAUUGAACUGAUUGCCAUAUGCGAUCUGGUGUCCCUGUUGUUGUUUCAAUGCUGUAGCGAUUCACUCAGGGCGAGCGUAAAUGCUGACAGAAAGGGCAGUCCUGCCAGGCGCAGUCAUUGCAAACCCCCUCUGGUUUUUGCUUUCUAAUCAGUCGGAACCCACAUGGCGUCCCCGCGAUUGGAGCCUCCCUUGCUCUGGAAUCAAGGGCCAGGCAACGUGGAAGGGCCAGUGGGCAUGGGGGGGGGAGUAUUUAUGCCAACGGCCCCCUUACUGCUGGGCUUAACCCUUGGAGCCUAUGUGGCAGGGCGUCAGGAUGGAGCCCGCUCCCGGCCAGCCUCCAAGAAGCGCAGCCGCAGCCGCAGUGGGCUGUCGCUCUCCAUCAUCGCCUGCGGAGAGGAGGAAUGUGCGCCUCCUGGGAAGCGCACGCCGAAAGACAUGACCCCUCGCAGUGGUGCACAGGGACAGGGAGCGGACGGGGCGGGGCAGGGGGGAACCCCGCCGGCUGCUUUAUUGAGCGACAAGGGCGUGAAGUGCGAGGACGUGACGCGGCUCUUGUCAGCAACCCUCAAGGAUAGCAGUGCGGAUGGGUCCAGCGUAGGAGCAGUGCUCAGGAGGCGGGUUCGCUUUGUGACGGAACUCGGAGCGCAGUUGGACCCCACGGAGAGCGAGCAGAUGCUGGAGCAUGGUCCGCCUGUGGCACUGUGGAUGACAGGCGGGGACGCAGCGGCGCGAGCGGAGGAGGGGGGGGACUCUGGCUGGCUGGACUUUACGGUGCCAGCGCUCCACGACAUGUUCGAUGCAGACUGGGAAAGGAAUGUGCACAGGCACGAUGUGGAAAACGUCCGGGCAUGCGUGGCGGGCGCUGUGCGUGGGCGCAAGGUGUUCCAGGUGGAGUACCGCAUCAAGACGUCGUCGCGCGCCAGCACCCCGGGGGCGGACCCUGAGACGCCUGCAUCGUCUGCCACGACAUUUGACCAGGAGACCAUUGCCCAGUUCAGCGGGGAAGACCCCAUGAUGUACCGCUGGGUGCAGGAAUACGGGCGGCCGCGCUUCUCGCUCGAGGGACGGCUGAUAGGGUAUGUGGGGUGGCAGCGCGACAUCCACGAGCGCAAGCGGCAGGAGGUAGACCACGAGAUUUACUGGAAGCUGCCGCACCUCGCGCUCUACCGAGCAGACACGAACGGCGUCUUCUUCAAGCGCGUCUCCCCCGCACUGCCCAUGAUGCUGGGGAUGACGAUGGAGGAAUUCCUGGGCACGCCGUGGAUGGACCUGGUGCACCCCGACGACCAGCAUCCCAGCAUCGCGCAGUACAAGAGGCUCGGCGAGGGCACCAACGUGGUCGACUUCAUGAACCGGUACAUGUGCCGCAAGGACCGCCCCGUGCCGGGCCCCGUGUACGUGGACCCCGUGAGCGGCGAGCACUACAAGUACCUGGGCUGGACCGCGUGCGUCUACACGGGCGCGGUGCGCGACAUCACCUCCGAGGUGCAGGCGCAGGAGGAGCUCGCGCGCUCCAAGCGCGAACUGCAGAGGAUCACGGACGCGGUCCCCGGCGGCGUGUUCCGGUACUGCCUGUGCGCGGACGGCAGCGCGACGUUCCCGUUCGUGAGCCAGGGCAUCCUGGACGUGCUGGGCGUGGACGCGGACCGCCUCAUGGGCCACCCCGCGCUGCUCACCGCGCUCAUGCACCCCGCCGACGCCGCCGCGCUGCAAGACGCGCUGGCCGCCUCGCGGGACACGCUGCAGCCGCUCGACGUCGAGUGCCGGGUGCGCAAGGCCGCGGAGGAGGAGCACCGGUGGGUGCACAUCCACGCGCUGCCGCAGCGCAUGACGCCGUGCGCGGUGGAGUGGUGCGGCGUCAUGACCGACCGCACCGCACGCCACCAGCAGGAGGACGCGCUGCGCGAGGCCAAGACCGCCGCAGAGAAAGCCAACACCGCCAAGGGGGCCUUCCUGAGUAACAUGUCGCACGAGAUACGAACUCCAAUGAACGCCGUGCUGGGCAUGGCGGCGCUGCUGCUGGACAGCCCCCUGAGCGUGGACCAGCGCGAGUUUGCGAGCACGAUCCGCAGCAGCGGCGAGGCGUUGCUGGGCAUUAUCAACGACAUUUUGGACUACAGCAAGAUCGAGGCGGGCAAGAUGGAGCUGGAGGAGGUCCCGCUCGACCUGCGCGACUGCAUCGAGGACAGCCUCGACCUCGUCACGCAGCAGGCCGUGCACAAAGGACUGGAGCUCGUCUACCACAUCCACGAAUCGACAAGAAAUCUAGCCGCUCUUUGGUGCGGAAGUGCUAAGCAUCAAUUCUCGGAGGUAGCUGUCUACAACGUCGGACCAUCGCUCAAAGGCUCGACACUUCGAGCUUGCCUCCGGUCCGCCCCCUCCUGGCCCUGUGUGAGCCGUUUGUUACUUGUCACUGCGAAGGUCCCGGACGUGCUGCUGGGCGACGUGUCGCGGCUGCGCCAGAUCCUGGUGAACCUGCUCACCAACGCCGUCAAGUUCACGGCCCACGGUUCCGUCUCCGUCUCCGUCUCCGCGCGAAUCAUCACCGCGGACGACGACGAGCCCGCCUCAGCGCAGCCGCCGUCGCCGCGCCCCAGUGCCGCCCUGCCCGGGGUGUACGAGGCCGACGCGGAGGGCCUGCUGCCGUCGCGCAGCGUGUCGGUCAACGCCUCCGGCGAGACGACCCCGGCCAGCAGCAGCGUGCCGCCCAGCCCCAAGCUGCGCAGGCGCGCCGCGUCCGGGUCCAGCACGUCCGGCGAGUUUGGCGCAGAGGGCGUGAGAGGCGCAGCAGAGGAGUACGAGGGGGCGGGCGGGGAGGGUUGCUCGCGGGGCGGGUCGGUGGGCGGCGUGUACGAGCUGCACGUGGUGUGCCAGGACACCGGGAUCGGCAUCCCCGCCGACCGCAGCCACGCGCUCUUCCAGUCCUUCUCGCAGGUGGACCCCUCCACCACCAGGAAGUACGGCGGGACCGGGCUGGGUUUGGCCAUCUGUGCAAAGCUGUGCCAGCUCAUGGGUGGUAAGAUCUGGGUGGAGAGCGAGGUGCGGCAGGGCAGCGCGUUCCACUUCACGGUGCGCGUGCGCGCGCUCCCCGCGGCGCAGCGGCGCAUGCUGCCGGACAACGUGCAGGAGGCGCUGGAGAAGAAGCGCGUGCUGCUCAUCGCGGGCAUCGCGCACGCGGGCAGCACCAAGAUGCUGGAGCAGCUCCUCCGCGGCUGGAAGAUGCGCCCGCUGCCCGUCGAGACCGGCGCCGACGCGCUCGACCUCAUGGGCCGCACGGAGGGGCAGGGCUUCAGCCUGGUGAUCGUGGACCACCGGCAGGUCGAGCGGCGCGACCCCGCGCUCAUGCGCUGCCUGCAGGCGUGCCACGUGGAGCGCGCCAUCCCGCUGCUGCUGCUGAACCUGCACGGCCGGCGCGCGCCCGAGGGCCUCGCGGCGGAGGGCAUCGAGUUCACGGCGCAGCUGAACAAGCCCAUCAAGUCCUCCCAGCUGCUCAACGCGCUCGUCCACGUCUUCGCCGCGUCCGCCGUCCAGUCGCUGAGCAAGCUGCGCAGCAGCAGCCUGGCGAGCUACCCUGCGGACAUGGGCACGCAGUACCCGCUGCGCAUUCUGGCGGCGGAGGACAACCCGAUCAACCAGCGCGUGCUGGUGCGGCUGCUGUCGCGCAUCGGCUACUCCGCGGACUGCGUCGGCAACGGCGUCGAGGCGCUCGAGGCGCUGCAGCGGCAGCGCUACGACGUCUGCCUCAUGGACUGCUUCAUGCCAGAGAUGGACGGGCUGGAGGCGACGCGGCAGAUCCGGAAGCAGAUCUUCCCGCGGCCCGUCAUCGUGGCCGUGACCGCGGCGGUGCUCGAGGAGGAGCGCAAGGCGUGCACCGACGCCGGAAUGGACCUGUACAUCGCAAAGCCGCUCCAAAUGGCCGAGCUGACGAAGGUGCUCAGGAAGGCCUGGGACGCGGUGCACUGAUUGAGCGCAGUCAAACACGCGAGACCGCUCCAGAAGCUGCACUUUCCUGCCCCUUGUAGGGCACGUGUAGCAUUCGAUUUUGUACAGGCCAAGUACUACCUUACUAACUGGGAAUAUCAUGUACUGCAUAUCGAGUCAUAUAGAGACACGCUCUAAGAUGGUCAAGGAGUUGCGUAUGUUUUUGCCGUUCAAGGUACGCAAAUGGAAGGUCUACGAGCAGAUUGGGUUGACAUUUAUGAUGAUCAAAUAGACGUUCAAGCUCCAAGACCUUGUUAGAUGUCAAAAAGUCGCGACGUUGCCAAGAGUUGGCGCUAAUGCAACUGGCGGCUGAGAAGUGGAGCAACUGUUGACCGGGUUUAAAAAUUUGAAUUGUAACGACCGGCUGUAGGUAGCUAGAAAAAGACGGUUAGGUUUUGGACUGAGCCUACUGUAGUGCGCUUACAACGAUAGCGGGAGUACAUAAUUCAUAGCAGGUGACAAAGCGCGGGUUGCUUGUCAAAAGGCUAGCCUAGCCUCGGUCCGUGAGAAGUAUCACGCAUGCUGACACAAAGAAUUGUAUCAUAUAAAUGAUAUAGGCUAGGUUAUGAUGUUCGGAUUACGUCUCAGUUUGUGAGAACAUGUGUAGCCCAAGGAUCCUUGUGGGCCAGGUGCGGCCGCCCGAUAAGGUUGAGUAACAG